AUGACCAAGUCCUAUCGAGAUAAUGGGUUGAUAAUGUCCGACACCCAGGGCUCGAGAGGUUGGGUGGAUGAGUGUUUGAGCUCCCAGGAUGAGCACGACUUGGAGAAGAAGGAGGAAGAGCUAGAUAGCAUCAUGAAGGAUGAGGAUGAGGACUCUCUCAAGCAUCACAAUGGAGAGGAGAACGAUGAAGAAGAAGGUGAGGAUGAGGACGAGGAUGAUGAUGAUGAUGAUGAGGAGGAGGAUGAAGACGGGGAUGACGACCAGAAACCCAAGAGACGCGGGUCCUAAGAAGAAGAAGAUGACUAAAGCCAGGGUAGAGCGCUUCAAGAUGAGGCGCAUGAAAGCCAACGCUCGGGAGAGGAACCGAAUGCAUGGUCUGAACGCUGCCCUGGACAACCUGCGCAAGGUGGUCCCAUGCUACUCCAAAACCCAAAAGCUGUCCAAGAUUGAGACCUUGCGCCUGGCUAAAAAUUACAUCUGGGCUCUUUCUGAGAUCCUGAGGUCUGGGAAAAGUCCAGACCUGGUCUCCUUUGUGCAGACACUUUGCAAAGGCUUGUCCCAGCCAACGACCAAUCUGGUGGCUGGGUGCCUUCAGCUGAACCCCAGAACUUUUCUUCCAGAGCAGAACCAGGAUAUGCCACCGCAUAUGCAAGCAGCAAGUGCUUCCUUCCCCCUGCAUCCCUACCCUUACCAAUCCCCUGGUCUUCCCAGUCCUCCGUAUGGUACCAUGGACAGCUCCCACAUAUUCCACGUCAAGCCCCAUUCAUACGGGGCUGCCUUGGAGCCUUUUUUUGAGAGCACUGUCACUGACUGCACCAGCCCCUCCUUUGAUGGACCCCUUAGCCCUCCUUUGAGUGUUAAUGGGAACUUUUCCUUCAAACACGAGCCUUCAUCGGAGUUUGAUAAGAAUUAUGCCUUCACCAUGCACUACCCAGCGGCCAGCCUAGCCCAGAGCCAUGGUCCCCUUUACUCCAGCACUGGCCCACGUUGUGAAAUCCCUAUAGACAACAUCAUGUCCUUCGAUGGCCACACACACCACGAAAGAGUCAUGAGUGCCCAGCUUAAUGCCAUCUUUCACGAUUAA